AUGGAGGACACUUACAAUAACAGGACUUCCUUGGCUAAGGGGGCCAAAGACAUGGUCAAGGAGGCCAAGCGGCAUGCAGCCAAGAAAGUCGUCAAGGCGAUGGACCGCGCCACAGAUGAGUACUCGUCCCACCGCAACUACAGCCGAUUCCAGGAUGAGGAGGACGAAGAUGAGGAUUUCUACCGAAACCCCCCGAGACAGGAUGGAGAGAGAUACCCUGACAACGAGGAGGGCUCCAGUGAUGCCACAGAGGGCCACGAUGAUGAGGAUGAGAUCUACGAGGGCGAAUACCAGGGGAUCCCCUCAGCGGGAGACAAGAAGCAUAAGGAUGGCCAGGUGGCACUGGGGCAACCCGUGUCAGAUGCCACAAGGGACCGUAAGGGGCUGGAGGAAGAGCGACAGGCUGAUGAGGAGGAGCUGGCCCAGCAAUACGAGCUUAUCAUCCAGGAGUGUGGCCACGGGAGGUUCCAGUGGCAACUCUUCCUGGUGCUUGGCCUGGCGCUCAUGUCAGACGGGGUGGAGGUGUUCGUGGUGGGCUUUGUGCUGCCCAGCGCAGAGACGGACAUGUGCGUGCCGAACUCCAGCUCGGGAUGGCUAGGCAGUGUCAUUUACCUGGGAAUGAUGGUGGGAGCGUUUUUCUGGGGCGGGAUGUCCGACAAAGUAGGACGAAGACAGUGCCUCCUCAUUUGCAUGUCCACCAACGGCUUCUUCGCCUUCCUGUCGUCUUUUGUCCAGGGAUACGGCUUGUUCCUCCUUUGCCGUCUCUUUGCGGGCUUCGGGAUAGGAGGUGCUGUGCCCAUUGUCUUCUCCUUCUUUGCAGAGGUGUUGUCCCGGGAGAAAAGAGGAGAACACCUCAGCUGGUUGUGUAUGUUCUGGAUGAUUGGAGAGAUCUAUGCGUCUGCUAUGGCCUGGGCCAUCAUACCACACUACGGUUGGAGUUUCAGUAUGGGGUCAGCGUACCAGUUCCACAGCUGGAGGGUGUUUGUGGUCGUCUGUGCCCUGCCCUGUGUUUGUGCUGUGGUGGCACUCACCUUCAUGCCCGAAAGUCCCAGGUUCUACCUUGAGGUAGGGAAGCAUGAUGAAGCCUGGAUGAUCCUCAAACAGAUCCACGACACCAACAUGAGAGCGCGUGGGCAACCGGAGAAAGUCUUCACCGUAAACAGGAUCAAGAUCCCCAAACAGCUGGAUGAACUGGUGGAAAUGGAGUCAGAGUCGGGCAACCCAGUUUCCAAAUUUUUCUUUAGGAUAAAAGCUGAAAUACAGGGGAUCUACCUGAAUCUCAUGAAGUGCUUCAACUACCCUAUGCGAGAAAACAUGACCCGACUAGCCAUAGUGUGGUUCACACUGUCCUUUGGGUAUUACGGCCUGUCAGUCUGGUUCCCUGAUGUCAUCAAACACCUUCAGGCAGAUGAGUACGCCUCCAAAGUGAAGAUCUACAGCAAUGAACGCAUCGAAGACUUCACCUUCAACUUUACCUUGGAGAACCAGAUACACAAAAAUGGCCUCUUCAUCAAUGACAGAUUCAUCAAUAUGAAGCUGAAGUCUGUCACUUUCAUUGACUCUACCUUUCGUAACUGCUACUUUGAUGAUGUGACAUCGGUGGGCUCCUUCUUCCGUAACUGUACUUUCAUCGACGCUUUCUUCUUCAACACAGACGUCGACGAAUCCAAGUUGAUAGAUGGCACAGAGGUGGUCAACAGCACAUUCACCCACAACAAGAUAGGAUGCCAGAUGACGUUUGAUGAUGACUACAGCGCUUACUGGGUUUACUUCAUCAAUUUCCUUGGGACUCUGGCUGUUCUGCCCGGCAACAUUGUGUCUGCCCUUCUCAUGGACAAAAUUGGGCGUCUGUCCAUGUUAGGCGGCUCUAUGGUCCUCUCAGGCAUCAGCUGUUUCUUCCUGUGGUUUGGCACCAGUGAGUCCAUGAUGAUUUUCAUGCUGUGCCUUUACAAUGGCCUGAGCAUCUCUGCCUGGAACUCUUUGGAUGUGGUCACAACUGAGUCAUUCCCUACUGUCAGGAGAGGAACUGGCUUUGGGUUCUGCAACGCUCUGUGUAAGCUGGCUGCAGUGUUGGGGAACCUGAUCUUUGGCUCUCUUGUUGGCAUCACAAAGGCCAUCCCCAUCCUCAUGGCCUCGUCUGUGCUCGUCGGGGGAGGCCUGGUUGGACUCCGUUUGCCUGACACCAGGGCGAAUGUCCUCAUGUAACACCAGCUUGGGGUCAUCAGUUCGGAUGCAACCUGGACAGAACCUGGGUGAAUCCAAGAAGAAACCCAGGGAGUGUUGAGCAGGGAGUGCAGAUGGCUUGGUACACACAUAUUCAACAGUAUUAAUCACAUUGCGCUUGUGUUUCACUUUUAUUACACAAAUCAAAUCAGUAGAUUCCUCACUGGUCAACAAUAAGCCCAUUUUGUGAAUGUACUGUCAGGAGACUUUACAUGAGAGAGAUGGGAGUUUGCACAGGUUUUGGCACUGAGACUUCAGUGAAGUUUGCUCAGUGACAGGUCGCACUAUCCAGCUGCAGUCAUAACCUUAUGUCGAGUCACUGCAUGGCUAAAGCUCAAAGCUUUUAAUAUUGAUACAGUCUUAUUAAGACAAGCCAGAUGGGGAGAAAAGUGAAAAACAAGCUGUAAUGAGCACAGCCAACCUGCUGUGUGACAACGUAGGGAAUAGAUGAUCAGACAGAGCGGUCACACGACACAGCUGUAUGACAGCUGGCUUGCCCACAGGACCUGCAUACACAGGACAUGUUGUAGACCGUGUUCAGGAUGUCAACAUACGCGAAUACACUUAUAAAAGCCACACACAGAUACACUUUGUGUGCAAACACAGACUGAUACUCGCAUAUACCCCCACUUUCUUCCCCGCAAAACAGCAUUUUGCUCAACAUGACAUUUGCUCAGACAUCUGCAACCUUUUCGAAGCAGAUAAUUCACAUAAGACACCAAGCCCUUUGCAUUUCCUGCCCAGCCAACCAAGAAUCAAAUGGCCAUAUUGAAAAACUGUAUUUCUUGUACCAAUAAUUGUAUAUAGUGUUGGUAUAAGGCUGUUAAUUAUAUUUUCUGUUGAGUUAAAAUGGUGAAUUUUUCAUUUAAUCCAAAUGUUGUCACUCCAGGUUCCCUUCCAUGUGUUAUAGUACUGAACAAAGGCUCUCUGAUGAGUGCUCCUUCUGAUUUAGCUUUGUGUUGAAUUUUGCUUGUGGCAGUGACAUCGAUAAUGACAUGUCAUGCUGCUUCCUUUCAAAAAUACUGAAUGGCCUUUUUUUUUAAAUGUGCCUCUCCUUAACUGGAGCAGUCUGCUCGUAGUUGUGUGGAGUCCGAAGGUCAUGAGGAAUAGCAGUAACUGAAUAGGAAGUAAAUAGAUAAAAUAAUCAUGGCGUUUUUGUGUAUAUAUGUGAAAAAUGUGGCCAAUACCGUAUUUUGUUAGGGUGUGAAUUUACUCCACACCUCAUCUAUUUUGUUUAGCAGCCAUGUUUUUUGUGAGCCUUUUCCUAUCCUGAAUAGCAAAAAUCAAUUUGUUACUAGAGGUAACAAAGAAUCAUCAAAUGGUGUAUGUUACCAUGUAUGACCAAACACCUCAUUAUGAGGGCUAAUUGGUGCCAGAUGUUGAGAUGUCUCAUAAGGACACUGUUUGGCUUCUUAUCUUAUAUUAUUUGGAAAAAAAAAAACAACAACAAAAAAAAACCCAGAAUAUAGUAUGUUAACUGUUAUUUUUACAUAUUAUAAUAGUUACAUUUGAAGAUGUGAAACAAAUACAAAAAUAAGAUGAUAAUUUUGAAUUCUGUCAUUUGUUUUGACUUGACUUUGACUAGUCUAAAAUCUAAUUUUGCCAUAACCUCACACUUGAAAACAUGACCUACCUUGUAAAAGAUUUCAUGUAUCUUGUCUUUCAACAUUGGAACCUCAAUGCUUACUGCUAAAGAUAAUGAUAAUAAUAUAAUGUUGCAAAGUGUUAAAAUACCUCUAAAAGUUAAAAUUGUGAUUUACAGUUUUCAGAUCUAUCUGACAUAACAAUUCAGUUGCUCUCAGCCUUUUGUGGAUUGUAUUUUCUGUGGCUUACAGCCAGUGUCCUCCUGCUUUUUUUUCUGUAUUUGUGGUAUCUGUGAUUGCAGCGUAGAGGUAGUUUGCCCUUGCACUGCAGCUGGCUCUGUUUAGGCUACUCAACAACAACAACAAAUACAGGCUUCCAAAAUGGUACUGUACAUGUGCAUCCAUUUCCAUUUAUUCAACUUUUUCUCCGAUUUUGUAAAAUCAUUUGGAAAGAAAUAAAAAACAUGUCGCUAUUGUGCAACAGAUAUUUUUCACCAUGUGAUUUCAAUAUUCCUGAAGCAAACGAAUGGGAUCCAGAUUCUAAAUAAAUGCACUGAUAUAGAAAGUAAUGACUUUCCCCAAGUGUCAGUUCAAUGCUGCUGACUGUUGCCAUUAGCAUGAAAGACAGAGGGAGUGAUCUGUAUGGUUCUGGAUGUGUUCAAACCUUAAUUGGAGGCAGAUCUACCUGUUGUGUUAUGUUGGAGAGAAAUUAUAUUUCCUGUUUCAUUUGAGGUAUUUUGGGUAUUGCUUACUGUAUAUGUACUGUAUUCAUGUGUGUGUGAGUGUGUAUACAAGAGAGGGUACUGUGUGUGUGUGUGUGUGUGUGUGUGUGUGUGUGUGUGUGUGGAUGCAUGAGUGUAAAUAAUGUACAUAUCAAAGCUGAUAUUGGUGAACUUCUGGGUUAUAUAUGUAUAAGCUACUUGAGUCAUGUGUCUCCUGCUUUGUCCAAGCGAAGUCAGUCUACUGUGUCACUGUUGUACAUCUCUGUGUGUCCUUGGCCUUAAGCUCCUAUUCACCUGCUACUCUCUCUGUGUGUAUGUGUGUGUGUGUGUGCUCAAAUUGCAUGUAUGUAAGAAAAUUUAUGUUUCUUUUGUGCUCAACUUUGUGUUCUUAUUGUAAAUUACUCUGGCAAAAAAUGAUGGCAAUAUUCUGAUUUUUGUUGAGGAAAAAUGUGAAUGUAUCUCUCUUGUAAGUUCUGUUCUACCAUUUUAUGGAGGUAAUCAAAUGUAUGUGGAGAAUAAAGUUGUGUGUUUUAUUGUAAAGGGCCUGCCGGUCAUUGGAUGGCUGAGCUGUAUGUUCAGAGGUCCGAAAGUGUGAAAAUAUGUGAAGAAAUAUUUGCCAAAUGAUGCCAUGUGAAUAAUGUUAGAAACUGGAAAGGCAGAGAUUGCAGACU